AUGGCAUGGUUUUUUGACUUGAACCUGAUUUCGAACGAAAAGCGUCAGUAUUCACAAACCAUUGCAUGGACAAUCAAGCUUCCUUCAAACAAAAAUUUUCUUACAUCUGCUAAAAUACAAUUGUGGUCAAGGGGUGCUGUUAAAUUUAGGGCUACUUUGGGGUCAUUUCCUAAACCAGCACUUGGUAAAUUGUUUGGUUUCUUGUUAAGCAGACUUGAUAACAAACGAUUUGAGAGAUCAAUCAGACCACUUCUAAUAUGCUAUAAUAGGGCAGUUGAUAACCAACUUAAGAACCUAUUCUUUCUGUGGAUCAAGGAAUUGCCAAUGGAUUUGGGGCUUUCUAUGGAUUUUUCCCGGGUCUGGAGUUGUCCAUCCCCAAAAAAGUCCGCCAGAUUCUUUGCUGUUUUGUCUAUGUAUGUGCUGGAGAAAUGCAUGAGAAUUGGUUGUCCCGUUUAUUUUAUUGUAUUUUCAGAUUUUUGUGUAAACUUGGAUGUAAAUGAUGUGGUUGAUGACAAAUUUUUAUCGCGUCAGAAGGCAUCGAUUUUUAGGUUGAUCACUGCUAAAGAAUCGUGUUCUGUUAUUGAAGAUUCAAAUAUCCUUUUUGAUUGCCUGAAUCAUGCUAAUUUACCAAAAUCCGGUGGUGAUGUUCUACAUAGGCUUUCCUUCUUUCAAAGAAAUCGUUGGGCUGAACUUCAGGGUCUGAAAAACGCGUUUUCACUUCACUAUUCUGAAUGGCUUGCUAUGAGGCCCCUUUAUCUGGAUAUGUCUAUAUUAUCUAGUGCCUCUCCAUUAAUUCGAGCAAAAGACGUAAAUGGUUCUACGGACAUGGUACACAUUAUUUAUUUUAUAUAA